AUGUUCCUCAUGGUUAUUCCUUAUAUUCCUCAUACUUCCCAGACCCCAGGAUCUCUGGUGGCUCCAAGACCCUACACCUUACAAGGACCUCCAGCAGCUCCAAGACCCUACACCUUACAAGGACCUCCAGCAGCUCCAAGACCCUACACCUUACAAGGACCUCCAGCAGCUCCAAGACCCUACACCUUACAAGGACCUCCAGCUGCUCCAAGACCCUACACCAUACAAGGACCUCCAGCAGCUCCAAGACCCUACACCUUACAAGGACCACCAGUAACUCCAAGACCCUACACCUUACAAGGACCUGCAGUAGCUUCAAGACCCUACACCUUACAAGGACCUCCAGCUGCUCCAAGACCCUACACCUUACAAGGACCUCCAGCAGCUCCAAGACCCUACACCCUUACAACACCCUCCAGUAGCUCCAAGACCCUACACCUUACAAGGACCACCAGCAACUCCAAGACCCUACACCUUACAAGAACCUCCAACAGCUCCAAGACCCUACACCCUUACAACGACCUCCAGUAG